AAAUCAAUUUUUGAUUCAGAAGAACAAUGAACAGAGGAGAUGAAGUUCUCACUCCACAAACAAAGCAUAGCAAAUAUAACCGAGACAUUCACAGAACAACUUCUCAGACUCAACCAAAGGCUUUCCGAGCUGAACCGCUCAAAGCGUUACUCGGAUUCUCUCAAACUUUUCGGCCAAUUCCACUCCUCUCAACGUCCCAGAGCAGACCAUUACACCCUCUCCAACGCCAUCACCGCCUGCGCCAAUCUCCGCGACGUCGUUUCCGGCGCACAGAUCCACGCCCACGCUGUCCGUGCAGGCCUUAAAGCCUACCCUCAUGUCUUCAACACUUUGCUUUCUCUCUACGCAAAAGCGGGAGAUUUACGGUCUGUGAAACGGGUUUUCGGAGAGAUUGAGAGCCCGGAUGUUUAUUCUUGGACUACGCUGUUGUCUGCUUGUGUUAAGUUGGGAGACGUGGAAUAUGCCCAGCAGGUGUUUGAUGGAAUGCCUAGCCGAGAUGUGGCGAUUUGGAACGCGAUGAUUACCGGGUUUGCGGACAACGGGCAUGAUGAGAUUGCUAUGCGUUAUUUUCGUGAAAUGCAUAAUAUGGGUGUUGGGCGUGAUAACUAUUCUUUGGCUAGUGUUUUGAGUUUGUGUUCUGUGGAGGUUUUGGAGUUUGGGAGACAGGUGCAUUUGUUAGUUAUUAAAACUGGGUUCAUGAGUAGAACUUCUGUGGUUAAUGCGCUGAUUACGAUGUAUUUCAACUGUGGAAUCGUUGUGGAUGCGUGUAUGGUAUUUGAAGAGACCGAGUCCGUGGUGUAUGAUCAGAUUACUUUUAAUGUUAUGAUAGAUGGCUUAGCAAGUAUCGGGAGAGAUGAAGAGGCCUUGACAAUGUUUGAACAGAUGUGUUGUGUUGGUUUAAGGCCGACUGAAGUGACUUUUGUGAGUGUCAUGAGCUCGUGUUCAGCUGCUAGAGUUGCCCGCCAACUACAUGCCGAAGCUAUUAAAUUGGGUUUUGAAGCUGAUACUUCGGUGAGCAAUGCGGCAAUAAUGAUGUAUUCAAGUUGUGGGGACUUGAAUGCGGCUGAGAUGGUUUUUUGGAGAUUGGAAAACAAGGAUAUUAUCUCAUGGAAUAGUAUGAUCUCAAGCUGCACUCAGGCGAAUGACAGUAAAUUGGCUGCCUUGGCCUACUUGCAAAUGCAGAGGGAAGGAAUCAAACCAGACGAGUUUACUUUUGGAAGUCUGUUGGCAUGCGCAGAAUCUACAAAUAUUGUGGAAAUGGUUCAGGCCCUUGUUAUCAAGAAUGGGCUUAUCCUUAAAAUACAAGUUUCAAAUGCAUUAGUCUCCGCAUAUUCUAAGCAUGGGAAGAUGAAUCCUGCAUACCAAAUAUUCCUUGAUAUUAAUCCGAAAAAUAUGAUCUCCUGGAAUACAAUUAUCUCUGGGUUCCUAUUCAAUGGAUUCCCAAUGGAAGGCUUAGAACAGUUUUCUAAGCUUCUGAUGUCAGAAAUCAGGCCAAAUGUGUAUACGUUCACCAUAGUUCUUAGCAUUUGUUCAAGCAUUUCAGCCUUGAGACUAGGGAAACAAGUUCAUGGCUAUGCUAUCACGUCUAAACUUUUUUCUGAAACUUGUUUAGGCAAUACCCUCAUUACGAUGUAUGCUAAAGGUGGCAUUUUAGAUUGGUCACUGAAAGUAUUCGACGCAAUGAUUGAGAGAGAUGUUAUCUCUUAUAAUGCCCUUAUAUCGGCAUAUGCUCAGCAUGGGCGAGGAGAGGAAGCUGUGCGCUGCUUCGAGGCAAUGCAAGGCUUGUCUAGGGUCAAACCAGACCAGGCCACCUUCACAGCAGUUCUUUCGGCUUGCAGUCAUGCUGGUUUAGUCGAUGAAGGUACACGGAUUUUUAACUCCAUGGUGAAAAAUCAUGGCCUUGUGCCUGGAGUGGAUCAUUUCUCUUGCAUUGUUGACCUUCUAGGACGUGGCGGGUACCUCGACGAGGCUGAAAAAAUACUAAAUAUCAAGCAUCUCAAGGCACAUUCCACCAUAUGGUGGUCAUUGUUCAGUGCUUGUGCAGCUCAUGGUAAUUUAAGGUUGGGAAGAAUAGUUGCUCGAAGUCUGCUUGAAGCAGAAGAAAAUAAUCCUUCGGUUUACGUGCUGUUAGCAAAUAUUUAUGCAGCAGCUGAUCAAUGGCAAGAGGCAGCUACUAUAAGGGAAUUGAUGAGGAGAAAAGGGACAAUGAAGCAACCUGGCUGCAGUUGGAUAACGUCAAAAAUAUCGUGUUAGGAGGUUACGUCUUCACCUUUCGAACGAAACAGAAAGUCAGGAUUUUCACAUAAAAGAUUAAAUUCGAUUGUGCUCAUUCAUGGCCAAGGUAUUCCAUACCAAUUCUCUUUUUCUGUUUUUCUUCCGUUAAUGUAUUGUUGGGACUCGUAAGAUAGAAUAGAUAUUGAAUAAGAUUCUUUUAUGCUGUCAGGGAGAAUAUUCCCGGCACCGU